AUGGAAAAUGGAAACAGAGCGAAGCGACCACCGUCGCUGAGGUUAAACCCAACUUUAUCGACGAGAAGUCUGUUCGUUUCGACUCCAAACUCAACGGUUUCGGAUUUCAGCGCCAGUCAUGAUAACUUACGGUCAGUUUAGAUUGAUUUUGACAUUAUCUAUCAGGUUUACCAUUAUACACUAGGUUUGACAUGGAUUUUGUAACUAAAUUUUGGUUAAGACUGUAAAAUUUAAAAAAAAGUUUGUUACCUAAAAUAAUAUAAAACUUCAAAAAAAUGUAAAAAUUAUUCAAAAAAUGGUUUUACUGUUCAAAAUAAGUCAAGUUUAAAAGGAUUUUGUAUCUAAAAUUUGGUUAAAUCUGUAAAAUUAAAAAAAAAUUUUUUGUUACCUAAAUUAAUAUAAAACCCCAAAAAAAGGUCAAAAUUACAAAAAAAAUUAUUUUACUACCCAAAAAAAGCGUAAAAAGCCCAAAAUAAGCCUAAAAAGCCAUAAAAACUAGUUUCGAAAAGCUUUUUUUACAUUCGGCAGCACGCGCCACACCUGCCAAACGCCCGCUGCAGCCUGCAGGCUUAAUUUAUAUGAAUUUCACGUGAAAUGAUUAGAGUUCUUUGAUCAAAUUCGUAAAUUUAAGGUGAUUAAAGAGUAGAUUAAUAUAAUUUUUGAAUUUUAAUAUUAAAAAGUUCAUUUGGUUUACUGUAAUGGCGAAAUUUUUAAUUUUUUGUAAUUUUUUAGGUAACAAAAUUUUGAAUUUUUUGAAAUUUUGUUUGUUUUUGAGUUGGAAAUGGCAAUUCUGAAAAAUAUUUUUAUUUUGAAUUUAUGGUAAAUUCAAAAUUUUUAAUUUUUAAAAUUUUAAAAGUUUGAAAUUAAAUUUUUUAAAUUCUGAAAUUCAGUGUACCAAUAGCCACGCCAGCCUCAAAAGCCCCCUCCAGGUGCACAUAUCCAUCUCGUCAUCGUCACAAGUCGGGUGAGGGUUAUCAUUCUGGUCUUCAUUUACAUCCUCAUCGACUUCAAAAGCAUCCACAGAGGUUCGAUCUUCACCAUAAGCAUUCGUCUCCAAGUCCACAUCCACACAGUCGAAAUCAAAGUCAUCGUGACUUGAACAGAGUCUUCAAUAGCUUGGGGAAUGGCAUCAACAACAGCAUUGAGGAGGUAGGGCUUUAAAGUAUGAGUAAGGUAGGGCAAAAUAGGGUAAGGGUACGAUAGGGUAAUUUUUGGUUAUUUUUACCUUAUGGUAGGGUAGAGUAGGGUACGGUAGUUAAGGGUCAAAAAGAGUAGGGUAAGACGAGCAAAGGUAAGGCAGGAUAGGAGUGUGAAUGGGCAGGGUAGGAUAGAAAAAAGGGGACGAUACAUUUAGGAUACGGUAGUUAGGGUAGUAAGGUAUAGUAGGGUAAGGUGGGGUAGGGUAGGGUAGGGUAGGGUAGGGUAGGGUAGGGAAGUAUAAGACAGGGUAAGGUAGGGUAGGGUACUGUAGGUAAUAGUUUUAAAAUUCCAGGUAGACUACCGUAUCCCAGACCCAAGCCGGCAUCUCGAAGUUCGUGUAGCCAACCAGAGCUUGUUCGUGGACCCAAAGCAUAUUCAAGAUGUGUCACCUCAAGUCUCGGCCUUCCUUCUUCGAGAGUUCACUCAUCAUGGCCGAACUUCGAUCGAGCCUCAACUGGAAGAUCUCUGUUUCGAUGAAGUUCUCGAGGCUGUAAAAACUUUGUGUCCAACUGAAUUGGGCAUGUUCCCAUCGCCAGUUACAGGUAAAUGGAGUUGGAUUAUUAAUUUUUAUUGGUACUAUUAUUUUUUAGUGGAUAUGGUACUAUGGGUGCUUUUUUGAUAGGGCUUAUGGUACUAUUGGUACUUUAUCUUUUGGUGGGUAUGGUACAGUUGGUACUGUUUUUGAUAGGGAUUAUGGUAGGUACGGUUUUUUGGGUGUUCAGGUACUUUCAGGGUGUGGUACGGUUACUGUAUUGUAGGGUAGGGUUGCUGUAGGGUAGGGUUAAUGCAGUGUAGGGUAGGGUAGAGUAGAGUAGGGUAGAGCAGGGCAGGGCAGGGCAAAGCAGGGUAGGGUACGGUGGGUUACAGUAGGGCAGGGUAGGAUAGAUUGUAGUACUAUAAAAUAUUUUUGUAUUUAGUACUCAUAGUACUAUUUUUGGUACUAGUGGUACCGUAGAUUGUACUAGGUUCUGUCAUCUACAGCGUCGUAAUAAAAGCAGCACUAUUUGUGUUAACAAAAGAGUUUGGUACUAUUAAGUACUAUUUUUUAAAGCUUUACUUUUUUCAAUUCCAUUUUUUUGAUUUUUAUUACCUAAUUUUUCAAUACCUACUACAACAUCAAGCCUUUCAGCUCAUACCUUUGCAAUCCUAGCCCGCCUAUCAAAACAAUUCGAAGUGGCAAAGCUUCGAACGGCUUGUGAGUUAUUCGUCGCCAGACUGCCAUUCCUAUUCAAAGAGGUAACGGCACUUCAAUUGGCUCAAAUGCUAGAUGUCUCAUGUCACUAUGGUCUGAACUUGAGGACCAAACUAAGACUACUACAAGGCACACUGAUUAUAAUGAAGGCGGAAGAAGUGGACAAAACUCACUUCGCCACUUAUUAUGAUAAGGCCGUGGACCCGGUGGUGGCGGAUCUGAUCAGAGAGGCUAUGGCAAGGUAUGGUUUUUUGGUUUUGAGGGUAAGGGGGUUACAUUUUUUUAAGGAGGGGGAGGGGGUUUUUUUAUUCUGGGAAGGGGGGGGGGAGGGCUACAUUUUUUUAGGGAGUUGGUACUAUGUAACAUUAUAAGGGUACCAAAUUUUUAUUUCCAUUGAGUGAGUCCCUGGGGGGAAGGAAUUUUUGGAGAAGGAGGUGGAGGGGGUGUCUUUUUUGGAUUUCAGUACGUAUAACAUAAGUUAUGGUAUUAUAUAGUACCAUGAAGUACUGUAAGUAAUAGUUAUAAAACUUUAUCUUUUACUAUACUCUAUGGUACUAUAUAGUACUGUAAGUCAUAGUUCUAUAUAUAAAUUUUUAUUUAAAAUUACUGAACUUCAAUUUUUCAGUUUUAAAAAAGGAGAAUUGGCUCACGAUGAGUUCUUGGACGAGGCCAGGCUGAAGAUACCAUGUAGAAUGUGUCGUGUAGAAGAGGGUUCUGAUCCAUACUCGUCUAAUUUAAAGGUAAGGCCUAAGUUUUGGUUUGGAAUUUUGAAAUUUGAAAAAAAAUUUUUUUUUUAAAUUAAUUUUCAGGUAUGCCGCCGCUGUCGCCACACAGUCUGUUUCCAUUGCCAACUCAGUCCGUGCUCAACCUCGCUAGCUAAAUUUCUGGAAAAAUUCGGAAAAACCGCGGCGCAAAGGCUGAGAAGUUUGUGA